AUGGUUCACUGCUGCCAACAGUAUAAAUUCCAAGUAACUAAUGUUUCCCAAUAUUAUUUAAAUCGUUAUAAAUUCUACGGGAAUUUGAAAUUCGAAUUAAUUCACACGGUAGCUUUCGUGAAAGGAAGAGUGACAGCCACGGUGGCGUCUGGCCCAGAGUGCGGGCCGGUGGCCGCCGACAAGGGGGCCGAUUGCUGGUGGUCCCCGCUGGCGGCCAUGGGCUGCUUCGGGAACAGGGACGCGGCUCAGGCGUCGGAGGACAUCCGAUCGCAGAAGCGCAUCAGCGACCAGAUCAACAGGCAACUGGCCAAGGAGAAGCAGGUGUAUCGGGCGACCCAUCGGUUGCUGCUGUUGGGCGCCGGUGAGUCCGGCAAAUCGACCAUCGUCAAGCAGAUGCGCAUCCUGCACGUGAACGGCUUCAGCGAAAAGGAGAAGAAGCAGAAAAUCGAAGAUAUCAAGAAGAAUAUCAGAGAUGCUAUAAUCACUAUAACAGGGGCAAUGUCGACCCUGAGCCCUCCAGUGAGUUUAGAAAAACCCGAAAAUCAGGCGAGAGUCGAUUGGAUUCAGGAUUGCGCGACCGGACCCGACUUUGAUUAUCCUCCGGAAUUCUACGAUCACACGGAGGCUCUGUGGAAAGAUAGAGGUGUUCAGGGAACCUACGAAAGGAGCAAUGAAUACCAACUCAUAGACUGCGCGAAAUACUUCCUCGAUCAGGUGAGCGUCAUCAGAAGGCCGGAUUACACGCCCACGGAGCAGGACAUAUUGCGUUGUCGCGUCCUCACCAGCGGCAUAUUCGAAACGCUCUUCCAAGUCGAUAAAGUCAAUUUUCACAUGUUUGAUGUGGGCGGGCAGCGAGACGAGCGCCGUAAAUGGAUACAGUGUUUCAACGACGUGACGGCCAUAAUAUUCGUGACCGCUUGCAGCUCCUACAACAUGGUGUUACGCGAGGAUCCCACGCAGAACAGGUUGAGAGAGAGCCUGGAUUUGUUCAAGUCGAUAUGGAACAACAGGUGGUUGCGGACCAUAUCCGUCAUUCUGUUUCUCAACAAGCAGGAUCUCCUAGCCGAGAAAAUUUUAGCAGGAAAGAGUAAAUUAGAAGAUUACUUUUCUGAAUUCACGAGAUAUCAGACUCCAGUGGAAGUCGCGAACGAUUCCAACGAACACCCGGAAGUAUUUCGAGCCAAGUACUUUAUCAGGGACGAGUUUUUGCGUAUAAGCACGGCAUCGGGCGAGGGUAAGCACUAUUGCUAUCCGCAUUUCACUUGCGCCGUAGACACGGAAAACAUUAAGAGAGUGUUCAAUGACUGCCGCGAUAUUAUCCAGCGUAUGCAUCUCCGUCAGUAUGAACUUUUAUAACCGCCCACCCACCAACGUUUUUACGAUGUAAAUCUUUUCUUAUUUCAUCUACAAGCGCUUCACUACAUCUCCUGUUCGGCCCGCUCAAACGCCGGUCGGUUCUUUAUUGUCGUGGUUUUACUUAAUAUGUUAAGUUU